AGAGGUGAAGGUAUAAUUGAUAGGGUAUGUUGUAAAAUUUUCUUUUACAUUACAAGCUCUCAUUUUUGUUGUGGAUAGAAAGACCCGUUUGAUUAGACCCAGCCCAGAUGACAAACCCCUUGUUCGGCGACUCCUUCGUACCACACUGACUGAGAACACGAAAUGGCGGUGUCGUCGAACUGUGUUCGGAAAUCUCUCCAAAUAGCUUCAUCUUCUGCCAAAACCCUAAUUUCUCGUCGAUCUCCUUUACCUUCAUCUUCUUCAAACCCCAAUAAAUUCAACGCCUCUGCUUCUUCUUUCCAAGCUUCCCCACACAAACGCUCAUUCUCCAGCUCCUGGCUCCCGGUGCAAUUGGCUGGUGCACAAGUCUCAUUGACGCCAUUGCAUAGUGCCACUGCUUCUGCAUUGUUCACUUCACUCUUGUCUUUGCAUAAUAACAACUGGGGUUGUCUUUCAGAAGGUUUUGCAACAACUUUAUAACACAAGGAUGAUAUCUUUGCUUUUAGGCCAUCAAGAUAGUGUUAGAUGCAGGUUUUCUUCCAACACUUGUUCCUAGUUGGUGCUGCCAUUAAUAAUAUAAUUUGAUUCAUUUUUCUUUAUAUACUGAGACUCUCUCGGGUCAUUUUGAACUUUCGGUUUUUUUCCGAUGGUUAACCUUCAAUCUAAGAAAUUUUUCAUGUAAAAUGUAUACCAGUUUAUCAAGUGAUUUUAUUUUGCA